AUGGAUAGACGAAUCCUUGAGGAAUCUUGGGGGUUCGAGAAAGGAUAUAUAUAUGUGCUAGCGCUCUCCGGGGGCAGUCCAGGGCAUGUCCCAGGUAACCUCCUUGUUAUCAAGUCGCUGUUGAGGUAUCAAGGUAUGAUUUCUUGGAUUAUUGGUGAGUUUUGGGCCAGCCGGUUCGAUGGUUUGGCCGGCUUAGUCGGAGGCAGUAUGAUUUGCCAAUUUGAAAUAGAGAGGAGAUUAAAGAAGCAAAUAAAAUGUUGUUCUCUUCCCUCAAAACUGAUUUCACAAAAGUCUAUUUCCGCUUUCUAG